UUUCAUUCAAGAUAAUAAUCAGCCUCCAAAGCUGCCUGCAGAGAAUCAAGCAGUUCGAAAGUUUUAGUCUUUUUUUUUUUACAUGAAUCGAAGAAGAUUGAAGGAAGAACUGGGAUUGUAGUUUAGUUUAGAGAUGGCUAGUUUUUGACACUCUCUGUUUUUCUGUGGGGAUUGUGGGUUUCAAAUUUGGAAAGGAGAACUGAUAACAUGGCUUACUGUCUCUGUCUCUGUCAACCCUGCAACUGAUGCUUGGAGACAUGACUAAUAUGGUAUAAAUGGAAGAAGUCCAGCUGCAUGUUCUCCAAGUUUACCAUAUCUUUGAAGGCGAUUAAAAGCAAAACCAUCAAUGGCAAACCAAAACUUUUCUCAUCAUCCAACCAUAUGCUACAGACCUAUACAACCUUCUGAUUUGGAGGUAUUAGAGCGAAUCCAUGCUGAGAUAUUUCCUAUCAGGUACGAGUCAGAGUUUUUCCAAAGUGUUGUCCAUGAACGUGAUAUUGUUUCUUGGGCUGCAGUCGACCGCAGCCGACCUAAUGGUCACAGUGAUGAACUUAUUGGUUUUGUUACUGCACGGAUUGCAAUGGCAAAAGAAGCUGGGAUAGGAGAUUUGCUCAGAUAUGACCCCUCAAAACCAGAUCAAACAUUAGUUUAUAUCCUGACGCUUGGAGUAGUAGAAACUUACAGAAAUCUUGGUAUAGCAAGGUCUCUUAUUCGUCAGGUUAUUAAAUAUGCUUCAAGUGUUCCAACAUGCCGUGCAGUCUACCUGCAUGUGAUUUCUUACAACAUUCCUGCCAUUCAUCUGUACAAAAAAAUGUCCUUCAAGUGUAUACGAAGGUUGCAAGGUUUUUAUCUAAUCAACGGCCAGCAUUAUGAUUCAUUCUUGUUUGUUUACUAUGUAAAUGGUGGUCGUUCUCCUUGCUCACCAUUAGAGCUUCUUUUAGCUGUGGUGAGUUACGUGACAAGUGGUCUUAAGUCAGUAGCUGCAAGGAUAAGGAAAAAUGAAGAGAAGACAGCAAAAUGGCCCAAAUGUAAAGAUACCCAAUCUCUUAUAUCAAUGCAAACCAAGAGAAACAUCACAACUCAAGGCACUGGUUAUGAAUGUGUGUAAUGUAUGCUCACUUUGUUGUCUGACACACUUGGAUUUGGAAGAAAAGGAGGAAUAAAUUGAUGCAUACGAAAUGUUCUCCCCUUACCUGCACUGUUGGAGUUUCUAUAUAUCAUCUGAUUUCUCCUCUCCUUCUUCAUUAAGGGGUGAUCUGUUUUUGCUUCUUUUAUCACUUGUGCGAAAAGUCAUUAGUCAUUACAUGUGUUCCAUAAAUAUGAUUACUGAUUUUUCCAUUGCAGGAUAUGUGCUGGCAUGUCUAUGAUCAAGACUUGCGUGAAUGCCUGGUUGCUUACUGUUGUAAUCAGAGUUGUAAAUAUAACAUCACCGUAUAAUUUUGAUUGUGUUGUUCGGUUACCUUGCUAGCUUAAUAAAAGGAUGUAAUAAGUCAUUUAGCA